AUGAUGUAUGCAACACUAAAAGGCGAGAUGGGAUCGAGGAGCAUUUCGACACAGACAGGGGAUUGUUCAUACUUACCUAUUUCUUUGGAAGAACUCCAUCUGGAACCUAUUCUGGAGCGGGAAAACCCAUUUUUACCCGGAAGUUCUCUGGAUCAGAAGGCCACCUACAUCGUAAAAAAUAUCGAGGUCAAGGGUAACGGAAGUAGGGUGCUCGUUUUUGACCCAGAUCUUCAAGACUUGAAGCAUGCAGCAGCUGCAGUAACGACAACAACAGAUCGCAUGACCACUCCAUCCUCUUCUCUCGACUCCACAUCUCUCUCCUGUUUGGCAUCAUCGCCCCUUUCGACCCCCAAAAAAGCGAAAUACUUGUCCACUUUGACCUUGGACAAGAGCGCAAAAACUGCGAAAUACAUGAACGGGAACCAUGAAAAUUUCUACGAGUAUAACAAGAAGCUGUACAGGAAGAAAAACGCUUACAACAGCAGUGGUAUCAACGUUGAUGUCAUCAAUAACGACAGCAAUUGCAUCAAUUUUGAUAGCAUUAGCAACGAUGAUGUUAUUGACAACAAUGACAAUAAAAACAUCAGCGCAUGCAAUGGCUUGAACUGUAGGGAGGUAAACAGUGAUACAUACAACAACGUCAACAAGAGACCGGACAACACUUGCAUCAAGGCUAACAAGAGCAAAACUUUGGAUAAGAAACUUACACAUCCUUCCAGUAGCCAGAACUACACUCCAAAACAGAAGUUGGACUGUUGGGACUUUAACGAUUUUAGCGAUAAGUUCAUCGAUUGUAAUCAGUUCACGCCGAUAAAAAAGCAAUACCAGCAACAUCAGCAGCAACAAACAUAUCCAAAACAACAACAUCAACAACAAACACAUUUAAAACAACAACAACAUCAACAACAACAACAACAACAUCAACAACAACAACAUCAACAACAACAUCAAUGUCCCUACCAAAAUCCCCACUACCACAUCAAAUUGUUUGAUUAUAAAUUAUUUAGCGCUUCAUCGAAGCAAUCUUUAAACCAACAAGCUCAAAACGCAGCCACCACGGCUACCGACACGUCAAUAGAUGGAUCGUUAACACCGAACGAACUUUCCAGGAAACAACUCAACUCCGUCUUAAACCGGAACUUAUCCUUGUGGCAGCUGAAGAGCAAUGAAACCGGAAAUGGCGGAUUCAAAACUCAUUAUGACGUCAUUAAUUAUUUGAAAAGCAUGAAGGAGGAUAGUUCUAACGGCGCCAGUAACAACAUCAACCAAAAUGUCGCAAACGAUUACAACAACAGUUACAUCAACAGUACCAGCAGCAAUUAUGACUACAACCAAAAUUACAUUAAAAGUAUUUACAACAGUAACAAAAACAACAGUAACAACAACAAAAACAACAACAACAUUGAUAGUUCUACUUCAAACACAGACGAAACAAUAAACAACAAGACCACCUCGAUUGAGACGUCAUUGAGCAAAACCUCGUACAUUAACGGAUCGCUACAUGGCAAGUCUUAUACCUUCACCGUUACCAACAGCAAUAAUUAUAACAACAACAAAAACACUAACAACGCCAACUACAACAGCAACUACAACAACACUAAAAUCAGCGUCAGCAACAAAAAAAUUAUAUCUAAAAAUGUUGUUCCGAACAAUCUUUCAACAGCGAACAUCACAACAACAGAGCAUGGCAACAAAUCAUUCAAUUGCAACAACUACAUGAUACACAGCAAAACAAUUAACAACAACAAUAACAGCAUUAAUUACAUUGGCAAUGAGCAAAAUAGCAGCAGAAACAACUACAACAACAACCCCAUCAGCCCUAUAAAAUCAGUUACAAGAGAAACAUCUAACUUCUCUCGCUGCCCGCUGAGCGAGACUCACAACAAGUCACCUUUCCAUCAUUCCUCACACUCCUACAUUUACGAUACCUGCGACAGACAACUGAACAACACUCAAUUCACAAAUCUUCUCGUUUCCUAUGUGACUAAUGCUAAAAGGAAACCAAAAGAAGAGACCCAACCUAACGCAAAGCCUACGAAAAAUACUAAAACAUCACCAACCAAGAAUUUUAUAAAAACUGAAAAAGAGGCGGACGAUACUGCCAAUGUGUGCGUUAACCCUGUCCGAAGAAGUAGAGAGCUUAAAAGCUGUGAGAACAUUCACUUCACUACAACCAUUGCUAUCGAGCAGGAUGUCUGGCCCAAACAAAUUAUACUAAAACAAAAUAAUAAUAAAUUAGGAGGAAGUAUAAAAAGAAGAAAAUCAUUAGUUUUGGCUCAGAAUGUUGACUCACUAAGUGAUUAUGAAGAUAAUGGUGAUCGAGGCUGUCAGACAUCAAGAAUCAUCUAUAAAAGUUCAUACUGCCAUCUAGUUAACAAUGAUGACGACGACGAUGACGACGACAUUGAUGAGAUUUAUGAAAAAAAUUUUGAAAAUGAUUUUAUUUGCGGAUAUGGACAAAGUAGAAACGAACAUUCUCGAAUCAGAAAAUUACAGAACGAAACCGCUGAUGAACAAUUUGAAAUUGUGUCAGUCGUUAAUUUAGAGGACGACAAUGAUAAUAAUGUAGAUGUUGAUUUGUUGGCAGAAAAACAGAGUCUAAAACCUGGAGGAAGGAGAGCCUCUGAAAAUUUGGAAAACUUGAAAAGAAACUCAAUGAAUAAAGCUAAAAGCCAAGAAAAUAAUUUUCACCAAGGCAAAGAAGACACUGCUAACGAUAAAAAAUCCAAAAAGAAAGUAUCAAAAAAGUCAUCAUCGGUGAAAAAAACUAAAGUGGACAACUCAAAAAACAUAAUCGGCGAGGCCUCGUUGGGACUCUACAACAUUUUGAAGACUCAAUCCGAGAUGCAUCUGCAUAAAUCCCGCAAGAAAUCUUCAUUGAUUGAAAAUUUGAAACCCUAUCGCAAACUUUCGAGAAUGGAAAUCUAUCCGUCCGAUAUAAUGUAUCCCGCUGUCCCAUCCGGAAUUCUUUCGGGAAAAAACAUUGAAAGGAUUAACAAGUGUUCCGUACAAUGA